UCCGGAUUCACUUUAUCCGCUGAAAGCGGAAUGGCCCGGCGCGGGCCUUGGAGUGCGCGGGGAAGACGCAUGACAGAGAAGGAUGAGGCCUAGGACUCGGCUUCUGACCGCGGUGCUUUUCGGCGAUGCGGUCGCGCUCCUGGUGCAGAUCCCCGCGAGCACGGAGGACGAGGAGGGCGCUUGGUAUUUGCGCUGGGACGCUUUGGCGGAGAGCGGGGAGCACUUUGCCCAGGGCCUCCGCGAGCGACUCGGGGGGCGAGGUCUGCGGCUGCACCUGGACUUCGGGCUGUCCAGCUGGGUGCCGAUGUUCAGCGGGGAGAAGUACCUGGCGCUGGGCGCGGCGGGUGGCCCCAGCAGCUUCGUGGAGUGGCGGCACCUGGUCGGGCAUCUCUACGCGCUGGUGGCCAGCUACCGCCCGGACCGGGCGCUGCAGCUGGAGCUGGCGCCCUUUGCCGCAAACGGCGCCGGCCAGGUGGGCCUUUUCCUGUUGCAAUCGCCCAGUCCGCAGAUGUGGAGGUUCCUACCGCAGUCCAUCCAGGAGGCAUGGCUGCGUUUCCCCAAGUUCCGCGCCCACGUGCUGCUGCACGACGUGUCCGGCUGGGACGUGCCGCUGUGGCGGCGGCACCUGGGAAAAGCCUUCGGGGCCUUGGGGGGCUUCCACUGGUGCGGCACAGUGAACCGCAACCCAGAGCUCAACCCGAGACUCGCGGAGCGCCGGCAGAACGACAACUACUUCAACAAGGUUUUCACAAUGCUUGACGUGGCAAAGCACCAGGGCUACCGGUGGGUGGUCAAGUUGGACGACGACAUAUUCCUGCCGCCUUUCUCGUUGAUGUCGCUGGUGCGCAGUGGGCCCCUGGGAGACUAUUUGGGCUGCGGCGCGGUGCUGCCGCUCACGCAGAAUGGGAUCCCCUCCGCAGAGAUCUUCGCGCGCGCGUGGCUGCAGGAGGAAGACCGGGAGGCGCUCUUCCGGUGCUUCGCCGGGAGCUCGGGGCAGUUCUGCCUGCCGGGGAGUCUGAUGACCUGCUGCUGGAAGGCACAGCCGGAGCUGGGGAUACCGGAGGUUCCGGUCCCGGACCCCUGGGACGAGAUCUCCUGGUACGGAGAGGUGGCGGCACGUUUCGACCUGAAGUGGCACAAGAACCACCCUGUCUCGGGGAAUCUCAGCUGCAUGCUGCUGGCCUUGAGCCUGUCCUUGAAGGGGAUCGACGCCAAAUGGCUGCUGCCCUUUCAUGACAAGGCCAACAUCAUCGUCGACGGGGAGUUCAGCUACCCCUACUUCGCCAACAACAUCUUCUUGAUGCAGACGGAGCGAUAUGUCCGGGUCUUGCAGCACCCCAGCUGCUGCUCUGGCACGGACGAGCGCGCCAUGAACCGGCUCCUGCACGAGGAGAGGGUCCCCUUGUGCUUCAACCAGGAAACGUUUGGAGUUCACCCCGCCUGGGGCAACUUCGGGCAGACCUUGAAGAAUGCCAUCGAGGCUGACACUGUGGAAGCGCUGCGGCGCUUCAUGCCGGAGGCAUUCUUCGCGGUGAGUGACGAGCCCGAAGAGGUGGAGCGGUUCAACCGCAUGCUGGACCUUUGCGCUGCGGCGGAGGACUUCCAUGGGGCGGAGCGGGUCUUGCAGCGGCUGGUGAAGGAAUCGACGCCCAACAGCCUGAGCUUCGCACUGGUGGUCUGCGCCUCUGCAGAAGCCCGAGACUUGGCGAGGGCGGAGCACUGGCUGAGAAGGUUCUACGCGGAGCUGGGCCCGGAGAGCUGGCAGCAUCCCAAGGUGGCCCAAAGCUUACAGGCCGCCGGGGCCAGGAGCCUGGCCGACGCCGCCGCGUCCUUCGGCGCCGGCGGCGCAAGCGCCGCGCCUCUCGGCGCGCGGCGCCGCUUCGAGGCGCUGCUGGAGGGGAACAGCGACCGGGAGGAGAUCGAGCGGGUCUUCCACGAAGCACUGCAGGAAUGGGAGCACAGCAGCACCGCCCGCAAGCACCUGUACCAAGAGUACUUGGCCUUUCUGGUGCGUGGGAAAGAGAAGGAGCAGGUGCAAAGUCGCUUGCAGGAGAUGGCGGCCUUGGGGUUCCCUCCGGACGCCAUCAGUUUCGGGGUCCUCAUCAACGCGGUGGCGGAGAAAGGCAAAGACGUGGCCUACGCCCGGGACCUUUUCCGCCAGGCGGAGGAGAGCGGUGUCAAACCCACGCUGCCGCUGCUCAAUUCCAUGCUGAAGGUGUGUGCGAGAGCGGCAGACGUGGAGAGUGCGAAGGCCUGGUUUCAGAAGAUCCACUCGGCCUCCUUGAAGCCCAACAUCUUGUCCUUCAACCAUCUGCUGGCCGCCUGCGCCACCUCCAGCAUGUCCGAAGCGCAGGAGAUCCUGAAGACCAUGCGCGCCAAUGGUUUGGAGCCCGACGGCUUCAGCUACGGCAGCCUCGUGAAGGCUGCUGCACGCGGCGAGGAGGCGGAACUGUGGCUGCGAAAAGCCGGGGAGGCAGGCGUGCAGGCCGAUGCCGGCAUGUACGUGGCGGCCAUGCGGGCCUACUUUCAGCAACCCAAGGAGGUGAAGCGCCUCUUCGAGGAGAUGCGGGACCGAGUGCCGCCCACCGAACAGGCGUGGCUGGCGUUGGCCUAUGCGCACGCCACCGAGGGUGAGGUGGAGCGGGCGGAGGACGCCGUCUUCGCAGUCCGCAAGACCUGGGGGGACCGCGCGGAGCUCGGGACGUGCCUGCUCUUCGCCUACGCCAAGAAGACGAUGGGCCAGCGGAGCCGGAAGGCCGAGGUGGAGUUUCGGCGGCUGGCGAAGCACUCGGCGCCGUCUGCGCAGGCACUACGGUACCUGCGCCAGGCCAUGGGCGACAAAGCCGCCGGGGCGCUCUUGCGCGAGCUGGGCCUGGCCGAGGCGGAGUGA